AUGAGUGACGCAGCCCCCGCCGUCGUCGAGCCCCCCGUUCCCACAUCUGAUGAAAAUGACAAUCGCGAGAGGCCAGACGAUCCAACUACUGAACCCACUGAAGAAGGAAAAGAAGAAAACGAAGGAGCGGAAAAUGAGGGAGAUGAAGAAAAUAAAGAAGAGAAAGGAGAUGGACUAGAUGAUGAUCAACGAGAAGACAAUCCAGCAUAUAUCCCGAGGGACAAAAGGUAUUACCUGCACGAUUCCCGAGUUUCGAGCAGUGAAGCUGAGGAAGAGGGCGAUGAAGACGAUGCGCGAAAAAGUCGGGCCGAUGGAUCUUGGGCACACGAUCGUUUUGAUGAAAAAUGGCAGCGUCCAAAAACUCGUAAGCAGCUGAUGAAGAAAUAUGGAUUCGAUAUUCGCAUCGAUGAAAAUGGAGAAGAAAUUGUCGAGCAAGAGCCCGAAGCCGACUCCAAAGUACUCAGGAAGCCGGCUGCAAAGAAUCUCAAAGCAAGCAGUGAUCAAGAAGAGCAACCCCAGAAAGAAGAGCAACCUCGACAGGAAAACGCGCCACCCAGAGUACCUACACGCGGGCGAGGGCGAGGUCGUGGCCGUGGUCGUGGUGUCGCCUCUAGACCGCCCAGGUCACAACCCACACGCCAAGACGACGAGGAAUAUGAGGACGAAGAACAAGAAGAGGUGAACGAGGCAAGAGGCCCACGCUAUCAUCAGGCACAGGAACAAAGGGGUGACAGACGCCGUGCACCGCCAACAAGAAACCGGGGAGGGUAUCGCGAAGAACGACCAAUUUCAAGCGGCAGAGGGCAUCGCGAAGAACGACCAAUUUCAAGCGGCAGAGGGCAUCGCGAAGAACGACCAAUUUCAAGCGGCAGAGGGCGCACUGGACAACGCGGAGGAUUCAGGCAGCGUCAAUUUGAAGAAGAAUACGAAGAACAACCUGAACGUGCAGAAUAUAGGGAACGACCAUCACAAUUCAGAAGAGGAGGCAGAGAACAGCGGACAGGAUCAGCACAUGAUCGAUCGUAUGAUUCUCAACGAUCAGCCCCACAAGUGCCCUAUCGUCAACGCGGCGUUCCAACUCGUGGGAGCGGUGGUGGCGCUCGUUACCCUUCCCGUGGAAACGGCUAUAGUGCUAGAGAAACGGGACAAUACGAACGAGGGGAGAAUAGACAAGGCUAUGGUGGCAGGGCUUUCCACAACCAAAGCUAUUCGCGUGGUGGCGGUGGUGCCCGUAGAAAUGAUGCGCCGGCUCAAAAUCGUCGAGAUGAUCAGCAAUCUUUUAGAAAUAAUGACCGAGAUUUUCCUCCACUCUCACGCGGCGGCGCUCCGCAACAAAGCUCAUCGCACUCACAGCAAUUGCCCAUCUUCGAUCGCACUCGACCCCCACCAAUGCCCACACGAGGUGCGCCGAAACGUUACUCGAAUCAACAACGUGCGGAUGCUCCCGAUAACCAGAAUUUUAUUCCUCGGCAACCAACGGCGGUGGUCUACUUCGAUCCAAAUGCCCAGCCUCGUCAAAAUGCACCUGCGGCACCGCGUCCAAAGAAAAUCAUCGACAUUGUUCCUCCAAAACGC